CUUUGUAUACACUGACAAGUCGAUAUUACAACAGCUGUAUACGGUAACCUAUACGAUGAUAUCAGUAUAUAACACUUCGCAAGACUAUGGCCGCCUACAGGACACCUCACCACAAGCGGUAAUUACAAGUCGACAGGAUGUAUCACAGGUACAGCUUCAAAUUCAAGAUGCAUAUCGCCAGUUCCGAGGUACAAUAUCGAAGAAGACACGGAUUUUUGGUUUGAUUAACUGUUUGUUUGGUGUCCUAUUGAUGGUUAUUGGAGCGUUAAGUAUUUACUACGGAGCCCCAGAUGUACCGUAUGUACUCCCUCUACAUGUUGUAACCGGGAUCAUGUUACUCGCUGAUGGUAUGUGUGCUUACCAGGCUGGGAGACUGACACAGAAAGAGGACACCGUGACGCCAACAAUCAAAUGUUUAAUGUUGAUGGUAUACUGUCUGAGUCUAGUGGGAGUAACCUUCUGUUUUGUAACAGCCGGAAUCAACGGGGGUAUGGGCAUUGGCUUUUGUCUCGGGACAGAAUACUCACGUACAGGCAAUGUUCAAAGAUUGAAUGACCAGUGUACAGAAAACAAGGAACGGAACAUUGCAUUUUGUAUUGUCAUCAUUUUGAUUAGUGUGUUGGCUGGGAUACACUGUAUCCUAGUCACAGUCUUCUUUUGUGUGUACGGUCGGUUCUACGGAGUCACCAAUAGGCGCAGAAGGAUUAUACUGUUACACAGAAGUGAUUGCUAGACUGUUGAUGGUAUAUGUAUAAAUUCACUGCUUUGAUUUCCAAGAUAAACGUGUAUUAUAUAAAUCA